AUGUCGGAUCCUUUCAAUGAUUAUUCUGGAAAUAAUGCUGAAGUAAGUUAUGAAACUACAAGUCUUAGUUGUAGUGUUCCAGUUCUUUCUCUUCUUGCUACUGUUUUUGGUUGGGUUGGUGGAAUUAUCAUUUUCUUCCUUGAAAAGCAAAACGUUUAUGUACGUGCUGUUGCCCUUCAAUCAUUUAUUAUCAAUUUGGCGUUCUUUGUUAUUGCCUUAUUCUUCCUUAUUUUCUAUUGGGCUGGGUUAUUCUUUGUUAUUUGUUUCUGGAUAAUGUUUGUUGUUGACAUCAUCGUUCUCGUUGGACUCGCAGUAAUUGCUUUUAUCAAAUCAAAAUCUGGUGUUUUCUUUGGUAUUCCACCACUCGGAGGAUGGAUUCUUUCUAUUGCCAACCAUUAA